UUUCGAAAAUGCUAUGCCGCAAUCCCUUAGAGUAGCUUUUCGGCACUAUCUGUUUGAUGGGAAUUUUGCAAUCCCUCUACGAUAGUCCGAACUCCUCGAAAAAGUUAUAGUUUUUAAGAUAUUUUUUAAUUUUUUUACUUUCCUAUAUCGGUAGAUUUUUCUAAUUCUAUAAUAAUAAAUCGUUUCCUUGGUAAAAAUGAGUACCCGCAAAGAGAGAAGGGCACGCCGCUCGGGCAAGGAUGAAACGCCGAAAAUUGAAUUAACUCCAGAACCGCUUGCUCCAGCUCAGGAUUUUCUGGCAGUUCCUAAAAGGGGCGACUCUCCGCGUGAUUUCCGAAGCUUGCAUCGUGAAAAAUCGCCCUUUGAAAUUGGUGAAAAACCAGAUGUGCAGGUUGCGUCCCAAAAAGCAAUCAUCGAUAAAGCAUUGGUUAUGGACAUUUCGGGAGGUGUAACAAAUGUGGAUGAAUAUAUUUCGUUGUUUUUCACGGAUUCCUGCAGUCUUGAUCCAGCCAGUUGUGGUGAUAUUUCUACAGUGAAAAUCGAAAUUGUGGAAGAACAGCCCAUUGAACCUGAAGCACCAAAGCCCGCUGCUGAGCAUGAGAAAACAUUAAGUGAAGCAGAAGCCGAGCUGGCCGCAAAACAGGAAGAACAAGGUAAGUCACCAGAACCCGCUCCAGCGCCCGUCGAGGUAGUUCCCGAGCCUACUCCAGAACCUGUGCAAGAGGAAGUGGAAGAGGAAGAGGAGGAAGAAGAAGAGGAAGAAGUUCCUCCACCUCGUGAGCCGACCCCACCGCCACCACCACCCCCUCGUGAGCCGACACCACCGCCACCUACUCCACCAAAGACACCUACACCCGAACCUGAAUAUGAUUCAGACGUUGAACUGAUUCCACCGAAGGAAGAGUUCGAUCCUUCAGUGUGGAAAAGUGUUGACGACUUAGAAACACAAUUGAAAAAUAGUGAAGAAGAGACGAAAAAGACCAAGGCUAAGGAGGCUAAGGAAGCAUCAAAGGAAUCAUCCAGGCGGGAAUCCACUCACGAGAUGACGGAAAGGGAACGUGAUCUGGAAUGGCAACGUCAACGCCAGUUGAUGCGACCACCUCUGAUUAUCUCUCACUUGAAAUCGAGAGCAGCUCCCAAAGGCUCAACAGUGAAGCUAACUUGCACUAUAUCUGGACCGGGAAUUACGGUCAGGUGGUUCAAGGAUGGUAAUCCUAUUGAGAAAAGUGCAAAGCAUUCUUUCAAGGUUAGCGAAGGUUUACUGAGCUUGGAAAUGGUCAAUGUGGAUUUCUCCGAUCAGGGUGAAUACAGUUGCAUUAUCAAAAAUAAGAAUGGAGAAACCUCAACGUCUACAACUGUGAAAGUGUAUGAAAGCUUUGAAUCCAAGCCCAUUCCUCCCACUUUUAUUUCAAUCAAAGAUGAAUUGCAAACAUCUGCUGAGCCAGAGAAACCUAUUCAGGAUUCGAAACCACCACAACCCGAAGAGAAACCCGCAACAGCUCCAUCGGAAUCAGGCGCUCCUAAAGACAAAGCUUCGGCCACUGCUGAUGUCGUUAAAAAAGAAACAAUCAUUGAUGCCGCUUCAUCCUCAGAGGCAGCAGGUGCAGCUGCCGCGGAAGGGCAAGAACCUCCUAGUUCUGAGGAAGCUGCGCUGCCAGAAUUUCCAAAGUUUGCCGACAAGUUCAAGAGAGAUAAACCGGAACAAUCACCACCCCCUCCUCAGUAUGGCGACGAUUUGGUGAAAUAUCAUCAUAAGAAAAUUUUACACAACCGAGAUAAAUUGCAAUGGUCCGUACACUUGACGAACCGCGCCGGUCUGGCCGGCCGACGAUUCAAGCUGAUGUGUAUGUGCAUCGGAUUUCAGCCCGAAUUGAAAUGGUUCAAGAACAACGAACCCAUCGAGUACGAUGACCACAUUGUCGAUAUGAAUGAUUUGCACCGGGGCGCCUAUGGGUGCAUUUGGAUCAAUGACUUGUGCCCCAGUGAUGCCGGAACGUACAAAUGUGUGGCCUCCAAUGGGUUUGAGGAAAUUGAAACGGUCUGCAAAUUGACAGUGGUAGAUCCCGGUACAAAGUCGAAAGAAUGCGCACCGACAUUCGUACCGCAUCGCACUAGAGAAAUUUUCGACCAAUAUACCAACAUCUUAACCAUCGAACAUUUGAUUGAGGCCAAUCCUCCUCCCACCAUAAAAUGGGUAAAGGGACUUUUCAAUCUUGCAAUGUUUCCUGAUCCUCAUAUCCGAAUGUCACAGCAUUUCGAUGAAGUGGCUGAGCACACCAUUGCCUCUUUAAUAUUUUAUGAUCCCACUUUCAUGGACUCUGGAGACUACGUGUGCACUGCAAGUAAUAGAUUGGGUGAAGCAACGAAUACCUAUAGCCUCAAGUUCUCUAGCGAAGAGGGAUACUUCGAAUGGUUGGCAAAGAAAAGACCUUCGGCAAAACUAAAGCGAGAACUUGAACUCGGCAUUAUUGUAGCAGAGGAUGCUGAAACUUUCGAUCCAGAUGAAAUUUUGGCAAAGGUCGAUGCAGAAUUUGAUGCUGCUUAUGCCCUGCAGCAAGCGGCAGAGAAAGAAAAAGAAGCAACUGAAGAAGCUAGCGAUGACCAGGAAACUAGCGACGACCAAGAAGAAAAAGCCAGCAAACCAUCCCUUGACAAAGCCAAUAUCAAGAAACCCGAGGCAGUGAAACGCAACAUUUCAAAAGUAUCAUCGCUUCCAGAAGUAAGUGAGAUUCCCGAAUUGGAAGAACAAGCUACCUCUUCAGCAGCCGUACUAAAGACCUCUAUUCCAAAAAACGAAAGUGAUCCCAAGCCGGCCCCCCCGGUGGCCUUGCCGACCCAUGAAGAAGAAGUCCUAUACACCCGAAAGAAAACGCAAAUUGAGCUCGAUGUGGAAGAACUUGAACGCCGAAAAAAAUUUGAUUUCGUAUCCCAUAUGCCAAACGUUCGAUUUCCACUGGGUAAAACGUUUAGGCUAUUUUCUUAUGUGAAAUGCCCAGGGGAAAUGACCUCGGAGUGGAAACACGAUGGCCGCGUAUUGAAAGAGGGUUUGCGGUCAUCAUUCAUAACGACCAAAAAUGGCACGUGUGUUCUUGAAAUCGAGAAAUGCAAAUAUCGAGAUGGUGGUGUGUAUACUUGCGUCGCGAAAAGCAAAAAAUAUGGUGAAAUUGAACAGUCGUGCACGGUAACCAUUUAUGAAACGGAAAUCAAAGGGGAAAAACCUAUAUUCACAAAGGUUAUGAAAGAAACAUACAACCCUCUCAAAGAUGAGCUAUAUUUGGAAUGUACCGUACGUGGAGAUCCCACCCCUGAAACAAUAUGGAUUAUCCAAGGCACGUUCAUGCAUAAGUCUACGACGAAGUACUAUUUCCGGAAGUUCGAAGAUGGAAGACAGCAACUGACAAUUUUCCAGCCGAAGAAAGAGGAUAGCGGUCGAUAUGUUUGUCGUGCUCGAAACAGCUUGGAUAAGACCGAUAUGGUGUACUAUUUGAAUUACAAAAAUAGCGAUGAAGAGGUAAUCAAAGUCUUUGAAGAUGAACUGCACAAAAAGACAGAGAAACCUAUCAGCAGUAGACAUUUGCGUGCCAAGGAAUGCGUCUACUCGCCAGAAGAUGAAUACCUAAUCAAAUGGUCUGAAGCUAGAAGUCAGCAUGAGAAAGAAUAUGGGUACAACUAUAAGUUACGCUUUGUGACACGCCUUUUGGAUAAAACCGUUCCAGAAGGCUCCAAUCUCAAGUUCACGUGUUAUGUGGAUGGAAAAUAUCCACAAUUUAUGUGGUACAAGGAUGACAUACCGCUAGUACAAGGCCGCAAAUAUCGACAAAAACAGCGACGCGAUGGAAAAGUAACUUUAGAAGUAGUUAACGUUAGCGAAAAAGAUUCCGGAGUUUACAAGAUAGAGGCCAAAAACUACGCCGGAACGAUUGAGUCCAAAUCCGUGGUCACUGUUUAUCCAAAUCCCUAUACCGAAUUUGUACCUCCCAUCUUUGCAAGCACCAUACUAGAAACUUACUCGCUACAUUCGGAUGAGAUUGUACUGGAAUGCCGUGUAAGAGGAUCUCCGCGACCAAAUAUAGCAUGGAUAAAGGAUGGAGAGUACAUCAUCCCUGGAGAUAAGUACGAGCAGUACGAUCACGCCGAUGGAACCUGCAAGUUGAUUAUAACGAAACCAGGUGAAGAGGAUUCUGGCACCUACACUUGCGAGGCGGAAAGCGGAGGCUGCAGUGAUGCUAUCAGCCAUAAUGUACAAUUUGUUGGAAAGGAGCAGAUCAUGAUGGAACGAACUCACAGCUAUUACCACCGAAAUCCUAAUCUACCGCAUUUCUAUCAAUCUCUAGCAGAUUACUCUAUUCCAUCCGGUGGUAAUAUUUGUUUAGUUGUGGAAGUUCAGGGCAACUGUGAGGUACAAUGGUUCAAGGACAAAUACGAAGUUAAGGGACGACCACCGAAGAUCCGGUUCUACAGCGACGGUACCGGAGUUUUCGCAUUAUGCAUAACGGCCGCAACGAUGGACGCCUCAGGAAAGUACACCUGCAGGGCAACCAAUGCAUUCGGUAAGGCUGAAUCGUCGUCCAAUGUCGACGUUAUAAAUCCAAAUGCAAUCAAGGGAGCCAAACCACCGAUUUUCAUGGCCAGGCCACAACCGGAAAUUAAGAUUCGACAAGGACAGGAAAUUUCGAUGGCGUUCAAGAUUAUCGGUGACCCGAAACCAAAGAUUCAAUGGAUGAAGGGAACCAAGGAUAUUACAAACGCUGCCCGAACGGUUAAGGAAGUUCACAACGAUUUUAUUCGAUUUUCGAUCAAGGAAGCACUGACUACCGACGAAGGAGCGUACUUCAUUGUUGCCAGGAAUCGAUAUGGCAUUGAUAGGUGCUUCACCAAAGUUAUGGUGAAACAUCCCAAGGGUUACAAAAAAGACGCGGACAUAGAAGACCGUGUAACCGAAGUCAAGAAACCUGGCAAAGGCAGAGUAUAAUAGCUCACAUCUGUACCUGCGGAAUGCGGAUGAUGAAACAGUCGACGCCAUUGUUAUGUAAAUGUUAAGCACAUGGUGAAUAUAGAAAUAUUGGCGUAACACUCAGUGGAUAGCUUAUUGAAAGCUUAAUAAAAUACAGUAUUUAAAUAAGUAGAAAAAGAAACUCCAUUGAAUUGAGUCAUGUCUCAAUAAAAAAACUGUAUUAUCUUGUCA